CUUAGCGGCUGUGUACCUGUGGGUUUAUUCUGUGUGUAUUUGGAUGUUCUAAUCUUGGUGUUUUUCCAGUGAUUUCUCUUGGUGCAAUCCAAAUACACAAUCUCGUCAUAUGUUAACAUUGUCGUCUAUGGAAAUUCAAUUAGUGGUAUGAGCCCUACACAGGAGAUGCAUAGAGAACAACUUGUUUCACCGUUGGUGGUGCUAAACCACAUUGAACUCACCUAAACUGUCUCUGAACUGUCAACUGACUGUCGUGGCUGGAAGCAUUGGCUGUGAUCAUCCAGAAGACGCUUUAUGUUGACUAAAAUAAGUGCAGUGUGCAGAAAAUAUUUUUCAGAUUUUGAAUAUUAACUCGAACUAUCAGCAUGACUGAGAAAACAUUGAUGGUAGUGGAUUGCGACGCCGGCAUUGACGACGCACAGGCUAUCAUGAUGGCGUUAGCUCAACCGCAUAUAGAGGUGCUGGCUAUAACCUGUGUGGUGGGAAACCAGCAUGAUGUUCGUCAGAUUUGUCGCAAUGUCCUGCGAAUACUUAAAGUUUGCGGUAAAUUAGAUAAGAUACCAGUUUAUAAAGGUGCUGAAACAACUCUUCUUCAUAGAACAAAUGCGAUUGAUUCAUCCCACUUUCAUGGAGUUGAUGGUCUGGGAGAUAAACCAGAUCCAGAGGCACCAGACGACAGUCAUAUUGACUCAAAGAAUGGUAUACUUGCUUUGAUAGACCUAGUGAAAAAUCAUCCCGGUGAAAUCACUGUAGUUGCAUUAGGUCCUCUGACAAACCUAGCUCUGGCAGCAAGAGUUGAUUCUGAUUUCUCAAAGAAUAUCAAAGAAGUUAGUAUCAUGGGAGGAAAUACUGAAAGUAAGUCUAUAUGA